GCUGUCAAUCCCGCUCUCCCGGCUGCCAUUCCCGGCAGUGCCGCUGGAGGAGCCGUUUCCCGGCCGUGCCCCGGAAGGCUCGGGGCGGGCCGGGCCGGCGGAAGCGGCGCGGGCGGGGCCAUGUCCGGGAGCGCCGAGCGGCGGCCGCAGUUCAUUGCAGGCUGCAUGUACCGAGUCCUUCAGACCACGGGACCCGAUGGGAAAAACCUCCUGAAACUGCUCCCCAUUCCCAAGGCUGCGGGAAGCUUUGUGCCACUAGUUCAGGCUCCGGCCAUGCCAAACAGCCCCUCAGGGGACAUCUCCGCCCCCGUCCACCUCACCUUUCAGAGCCAGCUCGGCGCUUCCGCCGCGCCUGCGUCCGUUAAGAUCUUCCAGCCUCCUAAUUCCGGGAAGAUCAUCCUGGCGAGGACUCUGGACAAGCAGGAGGGUGUCAGGGCGGGCUGUGAGCAGGAGGGGUCGGUUCCGAGCGCCAUGCAGGGCGUGGACAGGGGGUGCGUGCAGGACGUGGCCGUGUCCAGCUCGUCCCCCCAGGGCAGCCCGGCCUACGUUGUGGUCAACGCCAAACCCGUCCCCGUGACCGUCAAGUCCCCGGUGCUGCCCUCGGGCCACCACCUGCAGAUCCCGGCGGACGCGGAGGUGAAAUCCGUGCCGGCCUCGCUGCUGCCCCCGGCCAUCCAGCGGAGGAUCCUGGCGGCCACCGCCGGCACCGACGGCUCCAGGCCGCCCACGGUGAUUUACGUGUCCCCCGUCAACACCGUGAGGAGCCCGCAGGCGCUGCCCAAGCGGCUGCUCUGCCCCCCGGGCGGGGCCGAGGUGCCCAAGGCGCUGCUGCUGACGGCGGCCCCGGAGCGGGGGGGAUCUCCCGGCCCGGCUCCCCCCGUGGGGCGGCAGCGCCGCCAGAGCCCCAUGAAGUGGAUUGUGCAGGAGGCCGCCCCCAUCUCGGCCCCCUGCCUGAUCCCCGUCAAAUCCUCCAACAACGUGGCCUCCAGGAUCCUGAAGACGCUGUCGGACGCCAGGAACGCGGAGGGGAGCUCUGCCGGCGUCCUGCCCCCCUGCCCCGGCGGGGCCCAGGCCAAGCUGGCGCCGCUCAAGGACAACGCCCUGGUGAUGUACAACGGCAAGGUCUAUCUGCUGACCAGGAGAGGCUCUGACAUCCUGGCGGCCCAGGCUGAGAGACAAUCCCCCCCCUCCUCCUCCUCAGAGGCUCCCCUCAGGAAGGAGAGGCCCCAGCGAGUGGACUCCUCUACUGUCAACAAAAUAACCAGCAAGGUGGUCAACCUGGUGCUGUCCAAGGGCAAAGGAGUGCUGCUGGCUCACAGGGACCCCAGCCCACCUGCAGACCCCCAGCACUCGUCCCCAGAUGGCUCCAGAGCCGCCCCGGUGCCGCCCAGGGAGGAGCAGCAGGAUCCGGGUGCCAUCCAGAGGAGUCCCUGCCCUGUCCCAGCCCCGGGACAUGGCCCAGCCCCGGCCCUGGGGACACAGUGCACAGGUGGCAGGGACAGGAGUCACCCCCCUCCCAGAGCAGCAGGGGCUGUGUCACCUCAGGGUGAGCAGGAACGUGCUCCCAGUGGAGAGUGGCCCGAGGUGCGGUGGGAGCAGAUGGAUCCCCUGGGAAAGGUGACAACACCGCCCCCAGAGCAGCCCCACUGGAAGCAGUACUCGGAACUGAGGAGGAGAUUUGGGCUGUGCAAGGAGGAGAGGGUUUCCCUGAGGAGGAUCCCACUGACCUGGGAGUUCUGGGAGGAGCCCAAGGGAAGGGGCUGUUCCAGCCUGGACAGCAAAAGGGAUUCCUGCAGCUCGUCCUCCCUGGAUGUGGAAACGAGGAACUGCCCUCAGGAGUGUGCUCAGGAGGAAAAGGUCGUUGUGGAUCUGGAGGAGGAUCUGACCAGGAAGAGGAAAAUCAAAUCGUCCCCCCUGUCAGACAGCGGGAAGAGAAGGAGAAACUCAGCCAGAUCCUCCCCAAGCCCGAGUUCAGAACCCCCCAAUGCCCCUCCCAGGAGCGUUUCACCCCCUGCAGCCUCCCCAGAGCCGAGGAUUCCCACGGGAUCCUGCGGAGCUUCCCCAGCGAGGGACUCGGAGCCGGGGACACCCCCGGCCUGCAGCGACAGCUCGGACUCGGAGAUGCCGGAGCUGGUGACUGCUGGGGGCUCUGCCUCCCUGCUGGAAGGUUCUUUCAGGGAUGAUGCAUUCCCAGCGGCUCCCCCGGACCUGGACGAGACGAUCCGGGACGAGAAGAUCCGGCGGCUGAAGCAGCUGCUGCGGGAGAGGGAGGCGGCGCUGGAGGAGAUGAGGAGGGAGAUGCAGCAGAGCUGAGACCCCCCAGCUCCUCCUUCCCUCCUGCAGGGAGAAACCCUCACUGGAACAAACACUCCUGGCCGGAGCAGCCUCGUGCAUUCCGAGCCGUGGGUGUGUUUGGAAUUCCCUGCCGGAACACCGGGAGUGGGAGACGGGACCGUCCAAUCCCACCCUGGGACAUCCCCCCAGGGGGCACCUUCCUGAGCACCCCCCGUGCCGGGCUCGGGGGGUUCGGGGCCGCUCCUGGCGAAGGCAUUUUGGGGUCCCGGGGCCUGGAGCAGACUGGGAGGGCCCAGCUGUGGGUGUGGGUCUGGUUGUCCUCGUAGGCGUGAGGACUGUCCUGGGUGGGUCCAUGAGGACUUUCCUUGGUGAAUCCAUGAGAACUGUCCUUGGUGGAUCCAUGAGAAUUUCCCUUGGUGAAUCCAUGAGAACUUUCCUUGGUGAAUCCCUGAGAACCCUUUUUUGGGAAUCCCUGAGAACCUUUUUUGGGGAUCCCUGGGAACCCUUUUUUGGGGAUCCCUGGGAACCCUUUUUUGGGGAUCCCUGGGAACAGUUGUCAGCGGACAGGCCGGACGGGCCGGUGGGUUCAUGGGUGUGUUUGAGGGGUCUGGGAUUGCACUGUGGGGCGGUGCCGAUUGUUAUUUAUACAAACCCUGGAGAAGGAGCCCUGGGCCGGCUCCGAGGAUUCCUGGCUCUCCCCGUGGUUUCUGUGAGCCUUUGUAAGGCCUUGGCCAGCUGUGCAAUGUGGGGCUCUGCCUGCUUUGGGGGGGUGUGUGUGUUUUUUAACCAGAACUCUGUUAAUAAGAACUGAAAGUUGUGUUUCUGUUGCCCCAGGCGGGGUCUCAGCAGUCCUUGGUGGGUUUGGUGUGGCCUGGAUGUGCCACCCCCGUUGAUGGUACCUUGGUUGCAGUUGUAGGGUGGGAUGUCUUUGGACCCUCACCCUCUGUGUCUUUGUCCUCCUGCAGCCCCUCCCUCUCCCUGCCAACAAUGAAUGAGUUUUUAUUUGUUCCCAGCAGAA